AUGGGCGACAAACGUCUCACCGUGAAAAGAGAUGAGCUGUUGAAUCAAAUUCGUCCGACCGUACAUCGCAUAGAACUCGAGGAGCCUCGUCAGGGGUUUCCAGAAAUAGUCAUCGUCAAACAAGAGAAACCCGAAUGGGGAGAUGAAUUUCUCCAAGAGAUAAAUGCCUACAAUAGGCUGCAACACCUUCAAGGAACCAUGAUUCCAAUUCUAUUUGGCCAAGGCUCUUUCAACGAGUCCCCGGCCUUGAUACUUUCAGAGGUCGAAGGUAUUACUCUGCGUGAUCUGGCUAAAUUUGAUGAAUCAACCGUCCCAGAGAAAAUCCUUGAGUCUGAGCUUGAGAAUGUUUUCAAGGAGCUGUACAUGUGCGGAGCUGAGCAUUGUGAUCUGAAUCUGGGCAACUUUUUAUUUUGCAAUAAUGGAAAAGUGGUAGUCAUUGACCUGGAGGAAGUCGAGUUCCCUGAUAGACGGCAAAGUUGGGAAAGAAGUGUUAAUUUGGGGAGUGUGGGUUACCUGAUGAGCAGAUUUAGAGAUGUGAGGUAUCCAAAUCGACCCCCGUCCCCUCUAUACUGGGCUUCCGCGUCGGGCGCCAGCAAUGAUGUGAGCGGCUCAGAAGAGCUCGAUCUCCCUGUCAUGAGUCUCGUGAGCCAAGACUUGAAAGAGCCCAAUUUUGUUGUACUUGAAAGAAAAUAG